AUGAAUAACUCAGAGUUUCAACCCUCGAAAACUAAACAUAAUAUGACUGAUUCUAAUAAGGGAUAUACAAAAAUUUUGAGUUUAACAGAUGAAGAGUUAAUUGGAACAUUAUGUUUGGAGCCAAGAUACAGAGAAUUUGACUCAACAAAUAAUACAUUCACAAAUUGUCAAUCUGAUCGGUUCCUUGCUGCUCUAUUUGAUAAAAGAACUUCUUUUAAAUUUAAAUCAAAUGAAAUAUUCCAUAUUGUUGAGCCUCAACACCUUGAAUAUGAACAAUUUGCAGUUAAAUUAAAAUUGAAAAAUCACCUCAUAGAUACAGUGGGCAAGGAAGAUAUCAAAUGCAUCAAAGCUUAUCUUGAUGAAUGUAAUUCACAGCAUUGUUUCACAGUAUUAAUGAGACCUGAUUUGAACAUUUCACAAAUUUUAUCUUAUUUAAAUGAAGUUGGUACCUUAAAAUCUGAUAGAGAAAUUGAUGAUUAUACUUCCAGGAUUAACAGUGAAAGGUUACCAAGAUUUUUAAUUGCAAUUGAAACUCCUGAAUUUUUCAGAAUCUUCUGUAAAUUAUUGAAUUUUUAUUCAAAUACAAUAGAAGCAAAAACAAAUUAUACAUCACCACAGAAAUUAAUUGGUAAAGUUAUUCAAAGACAGGAUUCAAAGUAUAUAGACAUUAAAGGAACAAUACCACAUCGGAAUUGUGUUUACUUUAUCCAAAAAAAUGAUGACCUCAAAGGUUUUUUCAAGAUGGAAUUCAAUCGAGUUAUCGAUGGUUUGUUUCUCAAAUAUUUCACAAAUGUCCAUAAAAAGGUCGAUUAUGAUAAUUCUGCUGCUUCUGACGAUAAGUAUUUCACAGUAUAUGAUAUGGAAUGUGCAAAUGAUAAGAUAAAUUUGAAAGAAAAUGAUAAGUCAUUUGAAAAGGACCCAGAUUUACCAAAAUAUUCAAAAUAA